CCUCGCCUCAGUCGUCAUUGUGAGGUGGUGGAGGUGGUUGUUGUUGUUGUGGUCUCUACAGUCGCGUGUUUACAAUUCAUAUAAACAACAACGACGACAACAACGACGACAACAAACGACGAUCAACAUGCAGUGCUACGCCGCCAUAUCGCUCCUCUUGGCUGCCUGCCUGCUGCCCGCAGAUGCGCUCAUCAGGAUUCCGCUUCGCAAGUUCACGACGAUGCGGCACACGAUGGCGGCCGCCGGUGGCAAAAUCGAGCGGCUUGUGGCUGACGAGCGCCACCUCAAGUACAGCGUGCCGGCCCUGCGCAACGGCACCACGCCUGAGUCCCUCAAGAACUACAUGGAUGCCCAGUACUACGGCGAGAUCGGCAUCGGCACUCCGCCGCAGCUCUUCACGGUCAUCUUCGAUACGGGCUCAUCCAACCUGUGGGUGCCGUCCAUCCACUGCUCGCUGCUCGACAUCGCCUGCUUGCUCCACCACAAGUACGACUCCUCCAAGUCGAGCUCGUACGUGAAGGACGGCCGCGACUUCGCCAUCCAGUACGGCACGGGCAGCCUGUCGGGGUACCUGAGCCAGGACACCACCACGAUCGGAGACCUCUCGGUGAAGAAGCAGGUGUUUGGAGAGGCCAUCAAGCAGCCGGGCAUCACCUUCAUCGCCGCCAAGUUCGACGGAAUCCUCGGCAUGGCCUACCCCUCCAUCGCCGUCGACAAGGUCACCCCGGUCUUCGACAGCAUCAUCGCCCAGAAGUUGGUCGACAAGAACGUCUUCUCCUUCUACCUCAACAGGGACCCGCAGGCCCCGUUGGGUGGGGAGCUGAUGUUGGGCGGCACCGACCCCAAGUACUACAAAGGGGAGCUGUCGUACGUGCCCGUCACGCGCCAGGCCUACUGGCAGAUCCAGAUGGACGGGCUGAACGUGGAGGGCGGCCUGGCGCUGUGCAGCGGAGGCUGUGCGGCCAUCGUGGACACGGGCACCUCGCUCAUCGCCGGCCCCACCAAGGAGGUGGAGGCACUGCAGAAGGCCAUCGGCGCCGUGCCGCUCGUGAUGGGAGAGUACAUGAUCAACUGCGACAAGGUCCCCACUCUGCCCGUCGUCGUCCUGACCAUCGGCGGCAAGAAGUACAGCCUGACGGGCGAGCAGUACGUCAUGAAGGUGAGCCAGGCAGGCCAGACCGUGUGCCUGAGCGGCUUCAUCGGCAUGGACAUCCCCCCGCCGGCGGGCCCGCUCUGGAUCCUGGGCGACGUGUUCAUCGGGCCCUACUACACCGUCUUCGACCGCGACAACAACCGCGUGGGUUUCGCCCAGGCCGUGUGACCGAGCAGAGGCCUCUACCCCCUCCCCCUCCAAGUCUCCAACCUACUCGCCCCCUCCCUGCCCCCCCCGCCUGUCCGGCGACAUGACUUGACCCCCCUGGGUGGCAGUGCGAUAUUUAUCUCGGAUUUCGUUCCGCAAUGACGUACCGACGUGUACCGUAGUUGUACUUGAGAACGCAAAAAAGAAAUCUCGUAGCGUGAUAGCGUACUGCCCCACUACUUGCUUGACCCUGUGGCAUUACAUUUUGGGAUUAUCAGGUAGUCUCUCCCUGCCCCUCGCCCCCCGUGCUCAUAAUUCCACAAUUUUGAGAUUAACCGGAUGUUAUAACAAACGUCCGCGUCAUAAUUAAAAAAAAAUCUUACCUGGCAGAUUUUUGUUCGUUUAAUUUAGGUUGUCACAAAGAAAAUCCUGGCAAAAUCCUGAGAUUCGCCAGAAUAAAACUGCUCAAAAAUGACGAAACAUUUCGCUCGGCCAGCUUACCUUUUUCUCGACGUGAACGAACCGCGGGCGUGUUUGCGCGUUUGCGUGUUUGCGUGUUUGCGUGUUGGCGUGUUUGUGUGUUUGCGUGCGUUCUCCGAUUCGGGCUCCACCGUGGCCUCCAGCCGCCCUUCACACCUCUUGGUUGGCCACGGGGACGAUGCCAAGGGGCGAUGGCGAGUGGGAAAAGGUGGAGGGGGGGGCAGAAGGGAAAAUCGGCCCCAAUUUGGUUCCUGUCGCGCUUUCCACCGCUUCUGGACGAAACGCAACUUUGUCUUUCACGCGUGCGGUAUUUCCAUUGCCGCAAAUGUUGGCUCUACGUCUGUCGCUCUUAACUUGGGGGUCCAUCACGCCCCACCCCCCCUGGGGCUGUGGUGAGUCGCCCUUCCUGGGCGUGCGAGACACGGUUAGAUUUUUUUUUUAGAAGGGAAAUCAAAGAAACACACAAAUUAUGCACAGGCAAUGUAAGUUGGAACUUACUUUGUUAAUAAAAACGUAGGGGUUUGAUGAAACAUUGUGCAUGUUUUUAGCGAUUGAGAACCAAAGGGGGGGGUGCAAGGCUGCGGCAAAGGUUAAGAACCGCUGAUCGAAGUCGUCGGUAAGCUGUCGGUCGGAGAAAGUAAAACUUCCAGAGCGCGCGUGCCCCUUGACCGAAUAAUUUUGGAAAAAAGUUUCGUGUUGCGGUUUCAAACGUGCGGGGAAAGGCAGCCCAGUGAACAAGUUGAAUGAACAAAAAAUAAAAUACUCCGGCAACAAUCGCUCCGGUUACCCAGUGUGUAACGCCCUUGGUUCGCGAGCACAGCACGCGCCAAUUCUUGUUCAGCGGCUCGUUGCACCAAAGGCCUUGAGUCAAAGUGCCUCUCGGUUCCGAGCUCCGGGACUUGACUUCAAGGCCACCGCUCGGAUUUUCAAGUACGAUGAUGAAUUGGCGCAAGACGGCUUGGGCGUGUCCUGGACUCGACGCAAAACCCAGCGGCUGUCGCCUCAAGGUUUUGCCAGAGAUGGAGCGAAUAGCAAUUUGAGCUCUCUCCCUCUCCCCCGCCAGAGCAUGACAGAUUAAAACAAUUAAAACAGUCUAGCAAGACUUCAAACUUGGCAGGCCGAGACACCCUUCAGUGUCGCAAUCCGUGCGCUGUUCCUCACUGACCUGCCGCAAAGUGCUCCUUGAUUGCACGGCGCUCUGUGACGCUGAUUUUGGGGGUGGGAAACCUGCAAUCUGCUCUACUUCCUCUUGGUCCCGCGAACGUUUGUGACGGCGAUGUGAUUUGACACGCUGCCCCACCCCCAUCUAGCUCAAGACCUGAACUGCCCUUUGCACUACCGCGUUUUCUUUUUCUUGUUAAAUGUUUUCGUUUACUACGGUAACCAUUGCUCAAAUCGGCAGUGGUUUUGCCGUGCUUUGGGACAUUUUUGAAGCGAGCUGCCCAUUGCACCCGCGGUUAAAACCUGCACGUUCAUUUUUCUGAGCUUGUGAAUCAAAGGCAACGUUUCCAGUGAUGGCAUCUGGCGCCUGGAAGAGGCCACAUUGGGUGUUUGUUUUUUUUCAAGUGGCGGUUGGACUGAUCCCCCGCCGUCUUCUCCAACACGACGUAAGAGAUACACAAACUACAAGUCUCGUGGCUCCGUUCGGCGAUACGUGCCACUGCAUCUUGGCGAUGCCACAAAUUACCUUGGGAGCGUUUCGCGGGAUGGUAAUUCCCGUUUUGACGAUGGCAAGCUUGGCACGGCGAGAAUUUAACAACUGGGAGGUGCCUCUGCCCCAGGAUACGUGUUUCCACGUGGGGAGCUACAGUCGCUAAAGAAGCCGUCGCCAACGCAUUUGAAAUCCUAGUGACUUGCUGCUUUUGCGAUUCUGCCUUGACGGCAGUGCGUGCGCGUGUUGAAUUUCUAUCGUUGCCGUAAGUCACGUUGGGCCCCCCCCCUCCGCUCGCUUAAUUUGUAGUGGAACGACAUGCCGGAGGGCCGCCACCUUGUGCUGAUGCUGCUGCUUCACUCUGUUACGUGUGUGUGGGCCAGCCUUGAUUCCUGGACACACCAAUACGUGGUGGCUGGCUAAAUUGAACCCUUUAGUCAAUUGGUUUUUUGUUUACCCCCGCGCCCUGCCGCCUUUGAUUUACUUGGAUGGGGAGGCAAGGAUGUAAUUUUGAAGGCUAGUUGAGAAUAAAAAAAAAUGCAGAUUCAGAAUGUUUGUAGUCUUAAACAUUUGCGCGUUGCUUUGAAUAAAGGUGUAAAUGGAA